AUGCUCAAGUCUGCCGGUGAGCUGUUGAUAAACUUUCUCAAGUACUUUGGCCACACCUUCAACUAUGACACCCAGGAAGUCAACCCGAGAUCUGGGGCCGUUGUCUUGCGCUCUAUCGUCUCCUUUUCGCCGCCUACUUCAGACCGUACCCGCAAUGCCUAUUCGAUCGUCAUCCGGGAUCCCUUUAUCGCCAACAAGAACCUUGCAGGAAACUGUCGCCCCAGCCAACUCCAGGACAUCAAGGUGUGCUUCCAGUGGUCCUACAGCGCUCUCUUCCUCGGAGACAUCGAUACGGCCUUCAAGCGUUGA